GACAUGAAACUUUCCAUCUCGCACAUUGAAACUCGUAAAUCUCGCCACUCCGACGUGAUGGUUACCAAAGAGUUAGCUACUCACUCUACCGAAUCAACAACAACUGAAUCAUCGACAACGCCGGAGUUCUAUUCUCCCGCGAUCAGCUACGAGGUGUACAUCGACGUCGAGGUGAGUAGAGUCGAGGCUGAGGAGUUGAUAGGGGCACUAAGGCAGCGAGUCGCUAGCCGAAUCGUUGUGCAGACACAACUGGCCCAGACAGAAGUUAGCAACUGGCAGACUAUUUGUGAUGGUGCCACUGGUCGACAAAUAGCCUUCGGGGACUCGGAAUCGAAGGCUCCUGGCACUGGUUUCAAUGGGGGCGAAAGAAUUCUGAAGCCAUUGAGACUACGAAGUCAAGGUGUACUGUGCAAAGCCUAUUCUUAA